AUGGAGCCCGACCUAUCCAAAAGUAUUACUAUGCACCCGUAUCCUUUCCACUUCAACACACCUUCGCAUCUCGCCAACACGUCUCGAAACUCAUCUCGGAGUGUUUCUUCGAAUAUCAGCAGCGAAGAGGUCCCAGCCAAUGCAACUAGUACAGCUUUGGAGACCCCCUUUCGUGCCAAGAACAAGACGAACGGGUCAGGGCUAAUGCACACCUCGGAUGUCAUUGACGUCGAAUGCCAGUCUCGUGUGCCCGGGGGAGGCACCGAGCCCGACCCCUACGGUCUAUCCUGCGCCUUCAAGACCCCGGAGGAGCUUGCUCAAAUCAAAGCCGACACGUCCCAAAGGAGAGAACCACGGCAUACGAAGAUUGGCCCAUGGCGGCGGAGCAGACAGGUUCAGAAAUAUUACGAAACCCAGAAUGCGGCGAUCGAGCGCAUGCUCAAGUCCGUCGACGACCAUGUUGCCGACGCACGCCAGGAAGCCGGCGACAGCCAUCUCCGGUUUAGGAUAGCCAUAUGGGGCUCUUUUGGUACCAGCAUUGUCCUAGCAGCCCUUCAGCUGCAUGCUGCCAUCAAGACGGAAUCGUUGUCUCUGAUAACCACAACGGCCGAUGUCAUCUUCGACCCGUUGAGCUACCUGGCCUUGAUCCUGUCCGCCCGCACCACCAAGAAGGUCAACCCCCGGCGCUUCCCAGCGGGCAAGUCUCGCCUAGAGACAGUUGGGAACAUCAUAUUCUGCAACUUGAUGAUGAGUCUCUCGAUGGUUAUCAUCGCCUUUGCCGCCCGCGAACUCAGCGAUAUUACGUCGGAUAGGCAUGUUAAGAAUCUCAAGUCCGAGGCCGUCAUCUCUCUCUGUGUAGCCUUCGGCACCAAGCUGGUUCUGUUCAUCUACUGCUUUUCCCUGCGAAACCGAUAUUCCCAGGUCCGGGUUUUGUGGUCUGACCAUCGUAACGCUCUUCUGGUCAACGGCUUCGGAAUCCUCACCUCUGUCUGCGGAUCACUGCUUAAAUGGUGGAUUGAUCCAGCCGGUGCCAUGAUACUAUCCGUGAUAGUGAUUAUCCUAUGGUCGCGCACCGCCAUCGCCGAGUUCUUGUUGCUCGUGGGUGUCACAGCCUCGGUCGAGACGCAGCAACUCAUCACGUACGUCUGCCUGACUCACUCUGAGGCGAUACAGGGCAUUAAUACGGUGUGCGUUUAUCAUUCCGGGCCGCGCUUGAUUGCAGAGGUUGACAUAGUCAUGGACCGAAAGAACACUUUGGCCGAUGUACACGGCGUCGCCGAAGCACUGCAGGUCAAGCUUGAAAGCUUGCCAGACGUCGAGCGAGCCCAUAUACACCUUGAUUACGAGAUGACUCACAAGCAGGACCGCGGACUGAAGAAGGAUCUGUAG